AUGCGCUUGAGCAGGAACUCGUCAAUCCGUCUACCGGACUCGCCUGACCGCUCCGCCCUUCUCGGCGUCGCUCACCAGCAGAAGGGGUCUCGCAUGCGGAUCCGACCACAAUCUUUGACGACAGCGGCCCUCUUCGCGCUCUGCUUUAUGGCGGGCUUCCUCGCGCAUCGAGCGCCAGCACCACGAACCGUCCUCGCCUAUGCGCCAACCUCUCUCCUCCCCGACCAGCUCGCCUCGUCCAUCUCCUCUCAGCGUACCAUCCGGUCGACAGCGACGUCGUGCCGACUAUGCGACAACGACCCUAGCAACCCGCUCUGCGAGUACGGCGACUCAGCAAUCCGACUGUCGCGGGCGUACGAAGGUUCAGGUGUCCGCGUGCGCAAGGUCCUACAGAAGGCGCUGCGAGGGGAGGAGAUCCGCUUCGGCGUCAUUGGCGCAUCGGUGACGGCGGGACACGGACUCGAUCACGGCGGAAAAGUCGCUGGCCCAGCGUGGCCGUACCGGUUCGUCGACGAGUUCAAGAAGACCUUUCCCAACUCGCGGAUCAUCGACGGUUCGGCGCCCGCGAUGACCAGCCGAUUCUACUCGUUCUGCUGGAAGACGAUGGUGCCCGAGACGGAGGCGGACAUCUGGCUCAUCGAGCUCGACGUGAACAACGACCAGUCGCAGGAGACGCUCGACGCCGACGACGCCCUCAUGCGCUCGUUGCUAGACCAGCCGAACGAGCCUGCCGUCAUCCGCCUUUCCGUCCUUGCGCUGUCUUUCGGCGACAUGGGCCGAGGACUCGCCUCGAACUUGCUCCUCUCCCAGUUCUUCGAUACCCCGAUCAUCACCGUCAAGAACUUCCUCCUCCCCUACCUCAUCCAGCGACCCGAUCUCGCCCCCGACUACUUCACCAAGUUCCCCGACGGCAAGCCCGACUUGCGGCACAUCAACGUCCACCCGCACAACGCCCUCGCCGACUUCCUCACCCUUUACCUCCUCGAGCAGGCGUGCAUCACACAGCAGGAGAUGAAACGUGGCAGGCUUUUGGCUAAGGACGGGUCGAUGUGGCCGCCUGAGGAGACUUACGGUCGCCUUCCUCGGUUGCGAGCGUGGCAGAAGUUCUCGGCGACUGAACACGCCGAACGCAUCACGCCAACCUGCAACUUCGCCUCCUCCAAGACCUACCCUCUCAUCCCCCUCACCGACUCGGACCACGGCGUCGUCCCCGCCGCUUCUUCGGACCUCACAGCCAUCGACGAGCCACACCAGGCUUGGCAGAAGAUGGAGUGGAACGACAAGGUUGCUAUUGCGAGUAAGGAGGUUGGGUCUGUGAUCCGCUUCGCUGUCGAGGGAUCGAAGGUUGGGGUCUUCCUGUGGCAAUGGGCUGGUCCGCGCAAGUCGCUCCCCUCCGAACAACCCGGCCGCGCAACCUGCUGGGUGGACGACUUCUCCGACUCGGCAAUCACGCUUGACACGUACUCGACGAAAGAAGCUGCGGCGCCGCAGUGGUUCAUGGUGCACGAGUCGCUCAAAGCGGGUAGUCAUAUUCUCUCGUGCGAAGUGGCCAACUCGACGUCGACAGGCGGCCACGAAGUCCGCAUCAUGGGCGUCGUCGCGCACUAG